CGAAAAAUUUCAGCGGCUAAAUUCUUAAAAUACGAGAACCAACUAGGCCUCCCAUUCGGUAUCCUCGUCGACACCAACUUUGUGAAUUUUGCUGUAAAAAAUAGGUUAGUCGUAAUUCAAGGAUUCCGGGGCUGGGCUGUCUUUACGCUCACGGUGUUCACCGUCGAUGUUUUCAUUUCAGCGAUUCCUUAUGUAACGGAUUGUGUCAUGGGAGAACUCGAAAAAGCCGGCCGUCGGUUCAAGAUUGCGCUGAAGGUGGUAAAGAACAUUAGAUUCCAGCAUUUGAGGUGUGACCACAAAGUGAUAUACGCGGACGAAAGCCUCGUUCAACAGGUUACUCCUUUCUGCUCCACCUUCUAUAUCCGGUUAUUUAUUACAUAA